CAGCACAUCAACGGGGCUUCAAGACAAGCAACCCACGAAGAAGAGCCCAUGAACUGCUGUCACCAGCUAUAAAAGGUUAUUCCAUCGGUGAGUGGACUACCGAUGACUGGGUUGAGUGCCAACAUGCAGAGUUUGGUGGUGCAGGCGCUCGCCAUGAGGCAGCUAGGACAGUUGAACCCCCGCCACCUGCUGGCUGCUGGAUAUGGACUGAGGCAGACCGAAUGGUGUCCCAGGACCAUCCACACACGCCAGCUGUGGGGCUGCGCCGCUAUCCCCGCGCUCGGCUGUCACAGGCCAGCUCUCCGCGGCAGAGACGCUGUCAGAGGUUGGUCCGUCCACCAUCUGAGGUUUAAAAGCAACAAGAAGAAAGAUGCCGCAAGGAUGGCAGAGAAGGAGGAGGAGGAGGAAGAAGAAGAUGAUGAUAAAAAUGACUCUGAGGAAAGUGAUUAUGAAGAUGAGGUGGGUGAGGACCCGAAUCUACCAAAGGAAUAUAAAGACAUGGAAAAAUAUGUGCAGUCCUUUCGUUAUGAUGUCAUAAUGAGAGCUGGCCUGGACAUGGCACGCAAUAAAAUUGAGGACGCCUUCUACAGCAACAAGCUCAGGCUGAACGGACAGAAACUCCUCAAGAAAAGCAAAGCGGUGAAAGCCGGGGACACCUUGGACCUGGUGCUGUCGGAGAACCGGGAAACAAACACUAUCACUCUGAUGAGGGUUGUCCUCCAGAGGGAUUUGGGCGAAUCCAGUACAACAGAAAAGCACAAGGUCGCCAUAAGACGCUGGAAAAGUAUAGAGCUUUCCAAAGAGGAGGCCAUUAAGACAUGAACUUGGAGUAGGACGUUGUUGACUGGGAAAUCAUCGGCCAGCGAAGGCGACGGAAGCUGAAGAAUUGAAUGCGAGCCAACGAGUUUGAAUGGUCUCCAAAAAGUUGGAUCUCUCAUAGAUUGUGGCGUUUGUAGUUCUCAGUGGUUGUAGACAUUACGCAGCUGGUCGGGAGAAAGAUUUAGAGUGUUUGCCUUUUCCCCGUGGUACUGUGUGAGUCCCCCAAUAAAGGUGCUCUUGGACA